AUGGAAGACGAUUAUGGAAGUCAAAACCAAAAUUUAACAGGGAAUGAUACCAAUAUUUUCCCUAAGACGUCAGAAAGAUCUGCUAUGCCUUCAACAAGAUCUCACAGCACUAAAAAUAUUACUAAUGCAAUGUUUGAAGAGUCAGAAGAACUCGAAGACACAGUUGUGGCACAAACUAUGCAGGAAUUAGAUGCUGAUAUUCUGCAAGCGAUGGAGAAUCUUAGUAUCACUGAUGACGAUAUCAAGCACUCAACUUCUAAUGAUCAGAGCAACCAAAAUCCUACGAAUACAACAGGUGAAGCAAAGAAUCCAAGCAACCAAGACCAAGGUAGCACUGAAAUUGAUCCCUUAGUGAUUGGGGACUACAUCCAGAUAAUUUCUAAUGAGCUUCUCAAGGAGCUUCAAAACACACAAGAUUUAGAUACAGGACUAGUGACCAUCAAUAAAGCGAUGCAAUACGUUAAAGACGAGGCUGAAAGAAGGAUUAAAGCAAAAUUCAAAAAGCCAGUGGUGAAGCUAUAUUCUGACAAUUUGGUACUCAAGAAAGCAGUACGGAUCCUCUUCAAUAAGCUUGAGCUCUACAAAGCAAACCAAAAAAUGAUUAGAGAGUAUGAAGAGAUGAAGGCUAUGCUGUAUCAAAAAGAUCAGGAAAUAAAGAGGCUCAAAGACAAAGAGAUGGAGCUAAACUUCCGACUCAACUCUCAAACGUGCCAUCUCUCCUUCAACAUGGAUGAAUAACUCUCGGGUUUAUUUAAACUAUAAAAG